UAUAAAAGUAGAAAACAGAAACAACAUCAAAGAUUAGAUAAAACAAUGGGUAGUAAUGGCAACAAGGAUUCAAUUUCAAAUGAUACAAUCGGAAAAGUUAUUACAUGCAAAGCCGCGGUGGCGUAUGGUCCGGGGCAGGCAUUGGUGGUGGAGGACAUUCGGGUGGAUCCUCCUCAGAAAAUGGAGCUCCGGAUUCGGGUACUCUUCACUUCCGUCUGCCACACCGAUCUCACUUAUUGGCGCGGCCAGGAUGAAGCUCAGCGCAUUUACCCUCGGAUCUUUGGGCAUGAAGCUUCUGGUGUGGUGGAAAGCGUGGGAGAAGGUGUGAGCGAUCUGGAAAUAGGAGACCAUGUGGUCCCCAUUUUCAACGGCGAAUGUGGAAAAUGUGUCUACUGCAAUUCAAGCAAGACCAAUCUAUGCGAGAAAUUCAGAGUUGACACAGCGAAAAGCACGAUGGCCAAUGACCGGAAGUGCCGAUUUUCAACAAAAGAGGGGAAGCCCAUCUUUCAUUUCCUCAACACUUCCACCUUCAGUGAAUAUACGGUGGUUGAUUCAGCUUGUGUGGUUAAGGUUGAUCGCGAAGCCUCUUUGAACAAAAUGUCUCUCCUUAGUUGUGGAGUUUCUACGGGUGUAGGAGCAGUGUGGAAUACGGCUGACGUGGAGGAGGGGUCUACUGUCGCUGUUUUCGGUCUUGGAGCUGUGGGAUUGGCUGUGGUUGAAGGGGCCCGAAGCAGAGGAGCUUCAAGAAUAAUAGGAGUGGAUGUAAACCCACACAAAUCUUCCAAAGCUCAAGCAAUUGGAAUUACAGACUUCAUAAAUCCCAUGGAACUCGACAAGCCAACACACCAGAGAAUAAGGGAAAUGACGGAAGGAGGUGUUGAUUAUAGCUUUGAGUGUGCAGGAAACUUGGAUGUCCUCCGUGAGGCCUUUCUCUCUACUCAUGAUGGGUGGGGUUUGACAGUAAUAUUAGGAGUGCAUCCUACACCAAGAUUGCUGCCCCUCCACCCAAUGGAGCUGUUUGAAGGGAGAAGAAUAGUGGCUUCGGUUUUUGGUGAUUUCAAAGGGAAAUCCCAACUGCCACAUCUUGCAAACCAGUGCAUCAAAGGGGUGGUGAAGUUGGAUGAAUUUAUCACACAUGAGAUGCCAUUUUCCAGGAUUAAUGAAGCUAUGCAGUUACUCAGUGAUGGCACUUCCUUAAGAUGCCUUCUACAUCUUUGAUCUUCUCAUGGGAUUGAUAAAUAAUACUACU